AUGUCAUUUAUUGUGCUGCAGGACCUCAGGCCUCUGUAUGCUGGACGCUGUGAGUAUCACUACAGUGAGACUGCAUCUGACCGCGAUGUCUCCUGUCAGUCAUCACGCACCUCCUGCAACCUGCGUGUGAAGAGCAACACCUGUUACUGCUGCGACCUCUACAACUGCGGGAAAGAACAUCCUCUUAUGGGACUUCAGAAUAAAGAUGUUUUGAAAAAGUUUAGGAAAUCCUCCAUGAUUUGGAACCGUGUAGAGGUGAUUGGAGGCUACCACGAAUACACAGAUGUGAAGAGCUGCCAGGACGUGGUGCACCUCUAUCACCUGUUAUGGUUCGCUACCAUCCUCAACAUCGUGGCCCUCUUUCUGGGCAUCAUUACUGCUGCAGUGCUGGGAGGCUUCAAAGACAUGACUCCUGCUGCCUCAGAGAGUGCAUCUGAACCUGAGGCCAUUGCAGCUCCAGUGCCCUCACAGCCUCCUCCACCCACCACUUCCCUCAACUCGUAUUACAACACUGCCCCCUGCCUGCCGCCUUACACUGCCUACGACCUGCAGGGCUCCUACAUGUUCCCAGACUCCUCAGGCCUGUCAGAUGACUCCCAGUCUGGAGCCAGCCACUUGUGGCCCACUUUGAUCCCGCCGCGCUACUCACCUCCUCACAACCACCCUGAUGAGAAGCCCCCACCAUACAGCCCAUAACGUGGCACGAGCACAGAAGCACCUGGCAUGUUGUUAGAUGCUGAAUGAGCAGUUUGAAUACACAGUCCCUCUGGGCUCUUCCUCACAAUCGUUGAAAACUGUGUCGAAGGAAAGGUGGUGAGGAGGGCAGCCACAGAGUACACACUAACUUUGAGUUCAGCCCUACAAAAGGGAGCGAGUGUUUGUCUCCCUGGGCAUCACUCACACUCAUGCCUUCACUGUUUGUGUGUGUGUUUGUGUGCAUAUACACAUCAAGAGAGAGACAACCGGUUCAAAGCCAGGACUGUUUACACAUCUAUCUGCCUUAAUGCAAAUGGACUUCCAGUGCUGCAGCACUCUGUCACCUGCACUUAUUGUGGUCAAAAACUCUCCAGCUCAUAAUUUAUGUUCACCUCUCUUUAGUACAUAUUGUAAAUGCUUCCCGCCUCGAGUGCGCCCUCACUCUUUGCAGUGUGAGGAUCUGGACUGACCUUGUGUCAGAUUAGAUGAAAGCUUUAGUAUCUGUCACUAAUCUAAAUCAGCAAGAAAAUUAAAAGCUGUAGAGCUGUAGGCCCAAGCAGUCGUUUCACUGUACAUUAUUAAAAGGCAAAGUUAGCAGGUGUUAAGUACUCAUAAUGUAUGUAUAGCAGUGAGACAUACAGAUCGUUUCAGCAGUUAAGCCUAAGUUGUACAAACAGAUCAUGGUAUCUAUAUAUCAACUUUUCUGUUUAUGUUCAUAAAUAUCUCAAUCAGUGUGGUGAACUUUGCACAGAUGUAUUCUUAAGUUAACUAUCACUCGAAACCCUAUUUAUUGUAUUUUCACUAAAAGCUGCAAAGCAGAUAAGCAUAUAUUGUGUCUAUUUGUAAGUAGCCGUAAUUUUACAUCUAUUAGUUGUGUUGUCUUUGUCACGAAUAAACACUGGUACGGUUCAGUAUGAACAGUCAGUGCUGGAUUCAUUGACAGGAGAUGGGACAUUGUGAAAAGUCAAAGUUAAGAACUGUUGUUCACUGAGGAAGAGAAAAGUGUAAAGUCAGUCCAUGUCCACAAAACCAGUCUGUCAGCUUUAAUCACUUUUUAUUAUUUAAAUACAUUCUCAGGGACUGAUUGUCAGUUCCCUUUUGUCUUGCCAUUAAAACAUGUUUUGUGUAAAUU